AUAUAAAGUGGGGAGCGCUCGUCUGGCCGGCCAAUGCGCUCGGAGAGCAUUUCCCACCCUCCGCGCUGCUGACGGACGUCGAGGCGGCGAUGAGGCUCCCGCUGGCUUUCGCCGUGCUCCUCCUGGCCUCGGCGCAGGCGCUGGCCGAGGAGAUGGGAGCCACCGACGACCUCAGCUACUGGUCCGACUGGUCCGACAGUGAUCAGGCGAAGGAGGAGCUGCCGCUGCCCCUGGAGCACUUCCUGCAGAGGAUGGCCCGGAGACCCCGGCCCCAGCAGUUCUUCGGCCUCAUGGGCAAGCGGGAUGCCGGAUACGGCCAGAUCUCUCACAAAAGGCAUAAAACAGACUCCUUUGUUGGACUUAUGGGCAAAAGAUCUUUAAAUUCUGGGUCCUCUGAAGGGAGCAUAGCACAGAAUUAUGAACGGAGGCGUAAAUGAGACAUUCCUGCGCAUUAUUUACUAAACUUCAUUUGUUCUGAUGGCCAAUGCAGUGUAAUAUAAACUAACCACUGUAUGGAAUAAUUAUUUAUUUAACAACUGAUGGGGUUUGGGUUUUUUUGAGUUGUACAUUCAAUAAAAUUAUUAUUUUUCAUAUUGUGGCAGUGAUACAUGUUGUGUAGGUGUGUUGUGGUUCUGAAAGGACCAGCAACCCUGGUGAUGUCUCACAACAAAGCACAUCAUUUGAUAUGACCCAUAAAGUUAUGUUUACUAAACCAAGCAAAUAUUCUUUUGUUCGUUGAAAGCGAGUCUAUCAGCUUCACAGCCAGUGCAGAACAGAGCUGAUGUUCAGUCUAGUGCCUCAAUUUGUUUUCAUGUUUAUAAUGUACUGUAAUUUCUGUAUCAAAAAAUAUAUUUGUAUCAUUACAGCAUGUUUUAUGUUCUGUGACUAUGUAUCUAUAUAUUUUAAAAAGGGGGUGGGUAAUGUUUGAAUGGGAAUCCAAGGUCUUCAUUUCAUAGUCUGGAAUUUUAUGACAGUAACAUUUUAAAUAAAAACUACUCUGGGGCUUUUGCAACAUAA